AUGGCCGACACAUCUAUCGAACAACACCCCGGUACUGAGCGAAGCCAUGCACCACCAGAAUUACCAAACAUAUCCCCACGCAAUGACAGCUCAGACACUAGUCCACAAGCUCGUGAUGCUUACUCUCCACCCACUGGAAUAGGCUACACGGCAACCUCUGCACUUCCAGCACGGAUGCAGACUGAAGCAGGCUUCUACAAGACCUUCAUCGUUGAGGUUGUCAUAAAUGGAGUCUAUGACCAAGCUUCAAACUCCAACAAGAUCAAGAAGCCAAACUGGCCUCGGGGAAACUUUGAGUACUUGCAUUCACCACUCAGAGAUGUCCUGGGGACCUUUGCCAGUACCUCAGUGUUCUACAAUGACACUGAAGACACCAGUGGUAACACAUACAUCGACUCGCCAAGCCCAUUUGUCCAUAAUGAUGGGCAGAGUACAUACAUGUGGUACAAAGAAACAGACCAGAAUGCCUACCUGGCUUUCAACAUCAAAUCCCAUAAGUAUAUCUUUGUCGAUCCAACGCUGCCCAUCAGAGCACUCUAUUUCCCCCAAAUCUUCCAAGACCCCAGUUACCCGGGCUUCAGCAGACUUGGGACCAUUCAGUUUCACAAGUUCUCGGCGCAAGGCUUGACCCUAAAGAACUACUGGGACAAUGAGCCCAUUCAUUUGGACAUCACCAACGGUCGGGGACUGGGUUACUCUGGAGCAGCUCUAUGCUUGAAUGUUCAAUCAAUCAUGGCAGCACUGUGCAUUCCGGAGGAUAGGGUCGCUCGCCGCGCUGAUGGCACGCAUAUCUGCUUCGAAUCCAUUUGGCUGCUUCGAGAAGCAGCUUCGCUCAGUGUGGCAGACAACUCUGUUACUCAGUGGGAUUCAGGAGACUUCCACAGAAAGGGCAACGAUUGGACGUCGAUUAAUGAAGGAAUCCGCUUUGUCUAUGCUCCUCUUGAUAAAUCGGCAUGGUCAAACUUUGUCAAGCAGAUUGUCGGAGCAGGACUUGGUCUGAUUCCUAUCCUGGGUCCACUUCUAGCACUUAACUGGGAUAUCAUAUACUCAUACCUGGAUGACCCGGCAGGGUUUGCCGACUACGCUCAUAUCGGUAAAGAAUGGUUGUCUAUCUUGAAGCUCCAGGCAGCAGAGCUCAAGAAGGCAAUCAAGUAA